AUGAAGAUACUUCAAUAUAUUUUGCCAUUGCUAUCUUUGGCGGCUGCUCUACCACAACCUCCUCGUGCCCCGUUGGGAGGUCGUCAGAUCACUGACCCUGAUCGCCUAGCUCAACUCGAGAUCCAGCAUAAACAUGUACUCGACAGUCUGCGGAAUGGAAAUAUUGUACCUGUCACAGUUGCAGACUUGGGAGCCAUUGAGUUUGGCACCAACGAGAAGAGGGUGUUUCAAGUCCUUGGUCUAGCUGGUGUGGCCCUGAUCGAAGCCAUUGGCGCGGGUCUGGGCGAGCGACUAUUGACCAUUUCCAGUGCAGGGAAAAAUGUUAUCUGGCGCAUUUCGGAUUACUGCCGUGCCUACUUUGAAACACACGCUGGUGGCGAGGAGAACAUCUAG